AUGGUGAUCGCUCUCCCCCGGCGCGUGACUGCGGGGCAGCGCCUGCCUCCCGCUUCCGCAACCCGGUAUUCUCCCCCGCCCCACGUUCCCCCCUCCCAGGCGCGCAAUCCGCGCCCCACAGACCCUGUGGAUGUGCUGAAGGCUCUGGGCAUGCGUGGGGGCCAGGCUGGGGUCCCCGAGGGGCCUGGAUUCUGCCCUCAGAGGACCCCUGAGGGUGACCGGGCAUUCAGGGUGGGCAAGGCCAGCCCACCCAGUGUCCCCACGUGGGAGCUCUUCCCAGAUGGCACCUUUCCUGAGAACUUCUCCGUGCUGGCCACCCUGCGGGGUCGGCCAGCCAGCAGGCCUGCCAUGCUGGUGUCCAUUUACAAUGAGCAUGGAGCCAGGCAGCUGGGACUGGUGCUGGGGCCGGGGCUGGGCCUCCUAGGUGACACUUCCAGUCCCGUUCCCCAACAGGUCAACAUCACAGAUGGCAGGUGGCACCGUGUGGCAGUCAGUGUGGACGGCAGGAUGGUGACCCUGGUGGCUGACUGUGAACCCCAGCCCCCCACGUGGGGCCCAGGACCUCGAUCCGUCAGCACAGCUGGAUUCAUGGUGCUGGGGACCCAGGAGCCAGGGGAGGACACGUUUGAGGGAGAGAUUCAGGAGCUGCUGAUACACCCAGACCCUCAGGCAGCCUUCCAGGCCUGCGAGCAGUACCUUCCUGGCUGUGACGCCCCGGACCCCUCAGCGGCAGCGCCCCUCCAGGGUGAGCCAGGAACCCCCGCUCCCCGAAAGAAGGGGAAGGGGAAGAAGAAAGGCCGAGGUCGCAAGGGGAAGGGCAGGAAGAAGAAGAACAAGGACACUGUGACCUUGAGUCCAACUCCUGCCUCCCUGGAGAACCAGACCUCUGCGGACACCCCCAAGACCGCCACACCACCCCCAGCUCUGCCUCCAGCCUCCAUGCCUCCUCUGGUGGUCUCCACCACGGUGUCUGCUGACCACAGCGUCCCCAUACUGCAGGAAGCCCCGGACCCUGACAUUGAUGCUGAACCGGAGACCCUGAAGACGGAGGGGGAGGAAGGAGACAGCCUCGCCAUGGGCCCCCUCUUCCGUGCAGCCGAGCAGUCAUCAAUGACCCAGUUCCAGAUUUUCCCUGAUGCCGGAGAGAAGGGGGCCAAAGGAGAACCCGCGGUAGUUGAGCAGGGGCAGCAGUUUGAGGGACCUCCAGGAGCCCCAGGACCCAGGGGGUCAGACGGUCCCUCAGGCCCUCCUGGUCCCCCGGGAUUUCCUGGGGACCCCGGGCUACCGGGCCCCGCUGGCCUCUCAGGGACUCCUGGCGUCGACGGGAUCCGGGGUCUACCAGGCACUGUGAUCAUGAUGCCGUUCCAGUUUACAAGCAGCGCGUCCAUCAAAGGGCCCUCAGUCUCCUUCCAGCAGGCUCAGGCUCAGGCCGUCCUGCAGCAGGCUCAGCUCUCCAUGAAAGGUCCCCCUGGUCCCGUGGGACUCACUGGGCGCCCAGGCCCCAUGGGUCUCCCUGGGUAUCCAGGCCUGAAAGGAGAGGUGGGAGAAAUUGGACCACAGGGUCCCCGAGGCCUCCAGGGCCCCCGUGGCCCGCCCGGCCGAGAAGGCAAGAUGGGUCGCUCUGGAGCAGAUGGAGCUCGGGGUCUCCCAGGGGACACAGGACCCAAGGGUGAUCGUGGCUUUGAUGGCCUGCCAGGGUUGCCCGGCGAGAAGGGCCAAAGGGGUGACUUUGGCCAUGUGGGGCAGCCUGGUCCUCCAGGAGAGGAUGGCGAGAAGGGAGCAAAAGGACCUUCAGGGCCCACUGGCCAGGCUGGGGAGCCGGGCCCCCGAGGACUGAUUGGCCCCAGGGGCUCUCCUGGCCCCCCAGGACGUCCGGGUGCAUUCGGGAUCAAUGGUGCGCCAGGUGCCAAAGGGAACGCGGGCCCUCCAGGAGAACCAGGCCCUCCAGGACAGCAGGGAAACCCUGGGUCCCAGGGGAUCCCUGGCCCCCAAGGACUCAUUGGCAUUCCUGGGGAGAAGGGCCCUCCUGGGAAUCCAGGAAUACUCGGUCUUCCAGGAGCGGAUGGGCCUCCGGGUCACCCAGGCCACGAAGGCCCCGCAGGAGAGAAGGGGGCUCAGGGUCCACUAGGGUCAGCAGGCCCCCCGGGCUAUCCUGGACCUCGGGGUGUGAAGAGGCUGGACCUGUGGGGACCAAGGAAGCUACUGGAGCCAGUGACCAUGAAAGGGCUACGAGGGCUGGUAUGGCUGGUCUGCCUGCUGCCACAUCCUCACCUCCACCCCUUCUCUUCUGAUUUUCUCCACCAGGGAUCUGUUGGAUUUCCCGGGCCCCUGGGACCAUUAGGAGAGAAAGGGAAACGGGGAAAGGCGGGGCAGUCAGGAGAGGAAGGAGAGCGGGGACCACCAGGUUCUCGUGGAGAAAGGGGGCAACCAGGUGCCACAGGACAGCCAGGCCCCAAGGGGGAUGUGGGCCAGGACGGGGCUCCCGGGAUCCCUGGAGAAAAGGGUCUCCUCGGUCUGCAAGGACCCCCUGGAUUCCCUGGGCCAAAGGGCCCCCCAGGCCCCCAGGGAAAAGAUGGGAGACUUGGACAUCCCGGGCAGAGAGGAGACUUGGGCUUCCAAGGUCAGACAGGCCCGCCAGGACCCGCUGGUGUUGUGGGACCUCAGGGAAAGACGGGAGAAGUGGGGCCUCUGGGUGAGAGGGGGCCCCCAGGCCCCCCUGGGCCUCCUGGCGAGCAUGGACUUCCGGGCCUGGAAGGCAGAGAAGGGAGCAAGGGGGACCUGGGACCCUCUGGACCCUCUGGAAAGGAAGGCCCACCUGGACUCAGGGGCUUCCCUGGCCCCCAAGGGGCCCCCGGGGACCUGGGACCGACUGGUCUGAAGGGUGACAAGGGCCCACCGGGCCCCAUCGGGGCCAACGGCUCCCCUGGUGAACGGGGUCCUGUGGGCCCAGCAGGAGGCAUUGGGCUUCCUGGCCAAAGUGGAGGCCAGGGCCCAGUUGGACCUACAGGCGAGAAGGGGUCCCUGGGUGAACGUGGCGCCUCCGGUCCCACUGGCAAAGAGGGCAUCCCAGGGCCCCUGGGCCUUCCUGGACCCAAUGGAGCUGCCGGGCCUUCAGGAGAGGAGGGGGACAAGGGAGACGUGGGCGCCCCUGGUCAUAAGGGGAGCAAAGGGGACAAGGGGGAAGCGGGCCCACCUGGACCAGUAGGGAUUCAAGGUCCUGUGGGACACCCAGGCUUGCCGGGAGAGCCAGGGGAGGCUGGAGACCAAGGACCCCCAGGAGCCCCAGGCAUCCCGGGUCCCAAGGGUGAAUUUGGCGAAAAGGGAGACUCAGGCCCAACUGGCGCCGCUGGACCACCAGGCAAGAAAGGCCCCCCUGGAGAGGAUGGAGCCAAAGGGAGCGUGGGCCCCACAGGACUCCCAGGAGAUCUAGGACCCCCAGGAGACCCUGGACCUGCGGGUAUCGAUGGCCCCCCGGGGGAGAAGGGAGACCAUGGUGAUGUUGGAGGUCCGGGCCCAUCGGGUGCUUCUGGGGAACCAGGCCCCCCAGGGCCCCCUGGGAAGAGGGGUCCUUCAGGCCGAAUGGGCCCGGAAGGCAGAGAAGGACAGAAAGGUACCAAGGGGCAGCCAGGCCCUGACGGCCCCCCUGGGAAGACAGGCCCUGUGGGGGCUCGAGGCCCCCCUGGGCAUGCUGGGCCCGAGGGCCUUCGAGGGAUCCCUGGCCCUGUGGGUGAACCAGGCCUCCUGGGCUCCCCUGGACAGACGGGCCCUCCUGGCCCCCUGGGCCCCCCUGGCCUUCCAGGACUGAAAGGAGAUGCUGGCCUCAAGGGAGAAAAGGGCCAGAUCGGAUUGAUCGGCCUCAUUGGCCCUCCUGGGGAAGCUGGUGAAAAAGGGGAUCAGGGGUUUCCAGGCGUGCAAGGCCCCCCUGGCACCAAGGGAGAGCCUGGUCUCCCCGGCCCUAUUGGCUCUUUGGGCCACCCUGGAGACCCUGGUGUCGCAGGUCCUCUGGGACAGAAGGGAUCCAAGGGGUCCCUGGGAUCCGUUGGUCCCCAAGGAGACACCGGUCCUCCAGGGCCUCCUGGACCCCCGGGUCCCCCGGCCGAGCUGCCCAGGCUGCGCCGCCGUCGCCGCCGCUCCCUUCCCGUCCUGGGGGACGGCCUGGAGGAGGUGCUGGCCUCGCUGGCCUCGCUGAGCGUCGAGGUGGAGCAGCUGCGGCGCCCUCCGGGCACAGCGGAGCGCCCGGGCCUCGUGUGCAGCGAGCUGCACCGCAACCACCCGCACCUGCCGGACGGGGAGUACUGGAUCGACCCCAACCAGGGCUGCUCUAAGGACGCGCUCAGGGUUUUCUGCAACUUCACAGCGGGGGGAAAGACCUGCCUCCACCCGGACAAGAAGUUUGAGACGGUGAAACUGGCCUCCUGGUCCAGGGAAAAGCCGGGAACCUGGUACAGCACAUUCCGCCGGGGGAAGAAGUUCUCCUACGUGGAUGCCGAUGGGGCCGCAGUGAACGUGGUGCAGCUGACGUUCCUGAAAUUGUUAAGUGCCACGGCCCACCAGCACUUCACCUACUCCUGCCAAAACUCCGCAGCCUGGCUGGACGAAGCCGCAGGGGAUCACGGCCGGUCCCUCCGCUUCCUCGGGGCCAAUGGGGAGGAGCUGUCCUUUAACCAGACGGCAGCAGCCAGCAUCCAUGUCCCUUACGAUGGCUGCCGGCUCCGGAAAGGACAGGCGAAGACCUUCUUCGAGUUCAAUUCUUCCAGAGUGGGGUUUCUGCCCGUGUGGGACGUGGCGGCUACUGACUUUGGCCAGACAAACCAGAAGUUUGGGUUUGAACUGGGCCCUGUCUGCUUUAGCAGCUGAACGUUUGGGGGUGGCUGGGAGGGACAGUGAGGGAGCCCCAGAAGGGGCACAUUUGGUGCUGUGGCUUCGAAGCCACUGUAUUUAUCAUCUCCUGUGACCGUGGAAGCAGGAGAGGGUCUACUCAACAUGGCCAACAGAUAUUUCUUCUCCCUGCCAGGGUCCCGGGGGAACGGGGCCUAGCUGUCUGGUUCUAUUUCACCCUCCAUUCCAACACAGCUCGUGACUCCCCACCCUGAGCUCCCUUUUUCUCAGUCAGUGCCCUCGACACCCUUUGGUGCUACCCUUCCCCAUAGUUAAGCACUGGACGUCUCCUGAUCCCAGCCCCAAGGCUGAGACCCCUUUGCUCAUUCCUCUUCCCAGCUGGGUCUACAACGAAGAGAUUGAAGUCAGACUACAGAGGGAAGUGGGUUUUCCCUGGCUGAGCUGGAGAUGUCUGCCACUGCCUUAGGCCAGCUCUGGAUACGCCCCUGCAUUCCCAAGCUCACCUUGCUAUGCCAGGUGGUUUGAGGACCAAGGGGGUGGAGAGGAAUCAGGAUCCUAAUGGUGCUGCCCUAUUUAUAUCUGGGUUUGUAUUAAAAGGGAAAGCCCCCUCUGUUGUAUAUUUAAUCUGCUUCCUCCUUAGGGAAGGCUGGGAUAUGAUGAGAGAAUUCCAGUACCCCUCUGCCUCGGUCCACAGGGCACAGGUGGCAUCUCAAGUCUGAGAAUAAACCUGUGCGCCUGUC